AUGACGGCGGGGCUGUUGGUGAACAAUUGUCGCGAGGAGCAACAGACCCGGAAUGCGGUGGAGUCGCGGGGAGCAGCAGCAGAGGAGUCUGCUCGUGAUGGGAAACUGAUGCUCUUGUCCUUGCUCCUCAUGCUCUUCUCCAGCUCUUGCUCCUGCUGUUGUUGCUUCGGCGGGGUGGUGGUGGUGGUGGUGGUGUGCCCACGUCCUUGCGUAAUCGAGACGAUCCCGCUGAAAUUAUUUGCCAAAGUGGAAAAGGACGGGAAGCCUGUGUUUGAUGCCCGGGUUUGGGCGACAGUCACGAUCAAGAGGCAACAAGAGGAGGAUUUCAGUGCGACCAGAGCCAUGCUUGAUGAUGGACGCGGAGAUCCGGAUAUUCAGCGAGGCGAUGGCGUGUACACCACAUACUUCACCAACUUCGUGACCGCCACCAGUGUUUCCGAGUACCGGUUUGUGUUUGCGUGCGACGACAAUGGCGGACACGCCCGAGUACCCAGCGACGAUCAACACAAGUCCUCUUACGAGUACGGCUUUGAGUACUUCAAGCAGCAUCCAGAAGAAGAGGCGGCAGCGGGGCGCCAAGGCAGUGACGAUGAGAAAACAGCUGGAGGCGUCCCUGUGACAACGGCGACACCCGUGCCUUCGGCGCCCAUGAGUGACGAACACGCGAGGAAAGAGCGACAAGUUGCUGCCAGGUCAUUGCCUAUUGAUGAUGAUCGGAGGAAUGAGGAUUAUUGGGAUGCUAAUGCUGCUCCGAGACCGCUUGGAAGCACCUCUGGCAGUCAGAAAACUGGAGUUUCAGCCUGUUGUGGAAGCGAGCCGGUGGACGUUGUGUUGGAACCCAGUGGUCCUUUCUCAUCAUUUUCCUCUGGUGGACUAGAAACCAUCAUUUUCAACGUUCCAGCGACUUCGGGAUCUCUCAUAUUUCCGCCAUCUCGAGUAAUGGAUUUGAAAGUCGACGUUUUUGAUGUUUCCGGAGUCUUCCGGCUGACCUGGUCAGCACCUGGAGACGAGUAUACUGUUGGAACCGUGAGUCAGUACGUGAUCGCCUACGGCGAAGACUGGGACUCAGUGGCGUACUACCAAGAUGGCGUCAAGACCUUCGUCGCCCCCAUGGAACCCCAUUCUUACGGCUCCGCAGAGACCCUGGACCUGAACGCCACGGACUUGGGGCUCCACGCUGGCACCGUCUACUACUUCUCUGUCCGCGGAUGCGACCAGGCCUCCAAGUGUGGUUCCCCAUCGAACGUGGUCCUCGCGUCAGCAUCCCCGACAGCUGGGCCGGAAUUCGCCAACGCGGCAUCUGCCCCGGGUUUCGCCGGGUUGCCAGGAAACAAACUCGCGGGACUCUCCACCGGGGAAACGUUCGGGAUCGUUUUUGGCUGCUUCGGCUUCGUCCUGCUCAUGAUCGCGGCGUGCGUCUUCUACAUGGUUUUCGUGCGACGAAGGAAGUCGUCUUCGGACAAGGCGGCGAUGGCGAGGAAGACUGGUGGUAGUGGCGGAAGCAGCGGAGGCGGUAGUAACGGUGGCAUGACCGGAAGUGGCGGCGGAGUGGCGAAUAAUGCCGUACGACAUUCUACACCGACGCCGUACGUGAGUGAAGAAGAAGGGAACAAAAUGACAGGCAACAACGGCGAUAUCUCGACGAUAUCCAAUGGACAAGUCGGGUCUCCGAGUUACGUACCUGCCAGUCAGUUGUUGGGAGCGCAUGAGAAGCAAAUGCAGACGAAUGGGGAUGUGUACGGCACUUACCAAGAGACCACUGUUUAUGCCAAGGAGACUGAGGAGGCGUAUAUUCCUGACUACUCUCAGGGUUACGAUGUGGGAAGUUACUAUUACGCCGAGGGCUACGACGCCUACGGGAUGCCAGUCGCCGGGUACACGGGUUACACUCAACAAGCCUACGUGCAACAAGGAAGCGGUCGUUCCAGCCGCCACUCGGAUUCCACCACCAACUCGAUCCCGUCGCAACGCUACGACACCCAACAGGCAUUCGAACACUACGCCGGAGCCUACGACGGGCCGGGAGCAGAACAACUUUAUGCUCGCCCGAACAAGAUGGGGCCGAAUACGUCAUACGAUCAAUUGCAAAUGGCGGGCUCCCGGCACAGUAACGUGUCGCACCAAACCCCGCCACAGUCCGGCACUGCGCCCAGAAUUAGGAAUAUUACCCAGGUUUAGAUGUGUACCCGUAAGUAAGGGUGUUGCUUUUUUCCGGUUUGAUUUGAUUGUUUGUGUGAGGGGGAAGUUUUUUUUUAUUUCGAAUCAAAAGAUUAUCUCCCGCGCGGAGGGUGAGAAUUUGGUCAGAGGUGGUUUUUGUUGUUUUUUGGUUCCUUGAUGAGAGGGAUUGUUGUGUUCACAUGAGUGUUUCUGCUGGCACAUCAGAUGCAUAUAUGUACCCUGUAUGAGAGUGGAGAAAUCUUCCCUCCUGCUCCUUUCAACAUGGAUGUGACACCAUUUUAUAAUUUUUAAAUAUUUUCCUUUUUACCGGCUUGUUUUCAUUUGAAUUGCGUUUUAUAUGAAUUGGAUUCUAUGUGCCCCAUGUUCGCAGCUGUAAAACUGCAGAUAGCAGCAGUUUUAAAGAUAUUUUGAAAUUUUCAAUAGAACUUGGACGAUCAGCCUCUCAAUUACUGUAUACCCAAGUUUCAAAAUGUUUCAAUGUAAGACUGUAUCCUAAGGAUAAGUUACAUUUAUUUGGGCUGCAGCAUUCAUUUUUUUUGUUUUAUGCAAUUAUGCUUGAGGAUUUUAUUUUUUCAUGUGAAGAAUUCAUCUGGAAUAAUACAUUCGUACAGUUCAACCUCCCAGAGUUAAACCCCCUAAAUUUAGAUUCCUAGUGAAUCCCUGACCAGAGAAUUUCAACUAUAUGCGAUGGAGAAACAAAUUUAAAGGAGUGAAUUUCAUUUAAUUUUGAGGCAUUGAUUGCCGUUGAAUAGGAUUUUUGUGUCUUUCAUUUCUCAGUGUUUCUUAUAUUUCUUGAUCAAUUUCACUCUGAAAAAGCUAUCCCCAUAUUUCCUGAAACUUUUCCUUCAUAUGAAUGCAAUGAAGAGAGAUUGUGACCUGAUCUCAAGUGGAUGCAAGGAAGUGAAGUUGGGUUUUUCGAGCGGCAAUUUUUACUUAACUUGCUGCUUGGGCAUUCGUUGGCCAAUAUUGAAGAAAUUUUCUUUCAUUUUAUUUUGAACCAAUUUUUUGGUGGGAUGGGGUGUGAGGGGGAAAAGGGGGGUUUCGAGUUUUGAAAUCAAUUUGAGAUUUCGCUGCAUCUGAUGUGAUAUUUUGGAUCGUUUAUUUGUUUGAUUUUCGUGUUUUUUUUUUUCGAGGGACUUGUCGUUGACACGCUGGGUGUUGAAUAUGUGUAUGGUUGAGUAGAUUGAUGAAUGAAUUGUUCUUCUUUUUUUAUGAUAGGAGUGCUUGAGAAUUUAAUUUAUUUUGCCUAUUCUUUCGUCGUCAGCUGUUCUGAAACCGAUUUUUUGCUCGUUUUAUUGACUAGUCACGAAAGAUAUUACCAGCUGGAAAGAUGGGUAAAUCUUUGUGUGUGCAGAGAGACGAUAUUGAUGUGUGCAGGAAAAAAGGUGUUGGAAUGGUUUUUUUUUUGCUUGGACUUUCAGCUCCCGACUUUUGGGCGUAAUGUGACAAUUUUUUUUUGUUUGUUUUUUAAUGUCGCUCGGAUGUCGGUCAGGUUUUGAAUCGCUUGAUUUUGACGUGUACAUAUUUUAUACUUGUGGAUGAGAUCCUUCCCCAGGCUUAAAAAAAAUAUUGUGUCGGAGUCAAAUAAAAAAUGUUUUCACAAUUCA